AUGUCCUCCGCUGUCACCGCCGCCGCCGCACCAACCGCCACAGCAGCCGAACAAGAGGAACAACGAAAAGUUGUUGAGAAAUUCAAGCAAUUGCGUGAUCAACAACAAGAUAUUGCCGCCGAAGUGACACGUAUCGAAGAGGAACGUCGAGAGAUUGGACGAGUUCUGGAAGUGAUCAAAGAUCUGAAACCCGAUCAGAAGUGUUUCCGUUUGAUUAGUGAUUCUCUUGUUGAGUACACUGUCAAAGAUGUUAUUCCAGAUUUGGAGAAUAAUAUUUCCAAUCUGACAAUCGUCUCGAAACAGCUCAACGAGCAACUCGUCGAGAAGGGAAAAGAGUUGAAUACUCACAAGACGACACACAACAUUCGUCUGCUCACCGAGAAGGAGUCGGCCGAGUUGAGAAAGGCCGAAGCGAUGGGACAACUGCCGAAAGUCUAA